UCCGAUGCUUGGCGCCAUUUGUAUGGAUGCGGUGAUUUAACUGCUGAAUUUAUUAACAUCAAGAAGGGUGGUGUUGAGAAGAAAUAUAUAUCUGGAUAAUAUAUCUAUGUACUUAUAUACAUGAAGACAUAAUUGGAAGAUUAUUUUGUAAGUGUUUGAAGUUACCAUUUUUGUUUUCGAAGAUGUCCGCCGCUGUUGAAAAUGCAAAUAUGAAGACAUCGGACGAAAUUACUGUACAGUUGGAAGAAAAUGGGAACAUUCAUGUGAAAUUAGUGGAUUUGAAAGUUGUGGAUUUGAAGUCCGAAUUAGAAAAACGAGAGCUUGAUAAAAGUGGUGUAAAAUCAGUGUUGGUAGAGAGAUUAAAGAAUGCUCUUAUUGAUGAAGGGGAAGAUCCUGAUGAAUUUACUUUUGAAAUAAAUUCCGAAUCAUCCGUAUGCAGGAGUCCUGUGAACAAGAAAAAGAAAACGCAGUGUCCUAAUACAAAUGGCUCUGUUGAUGAUGUUAGUGAAGAAUUAAAUGAGAAUUAUAAUAAUGAGGAAAAGAAUUCAUCUAAUGAUGUAACUUUGCAGAUUUCCAUUGAUGAAGAAGAAGCCCAGUUAAAUGAAGAAGAAUCAAGAUUGAAUGAAGAAACUCAAUUGAUUGAAGAAGAGAGUAGUGGAUGCGUUUUGAAGAAUAGUGAUAAUGAAAAUGCAAAGAAUUCUGAAGAAAACUCAAGUGUCCUGAAUUUGGAGACAACUGAUGGUACAAGUACACCUUCCACACGGGAGCCAAGUUCCAAUCAAAGUAGCCCUGUAAAACCUUCAAAAAUGUCUACAAAUGAGGAAGUUAAAGAAAAAAAAGCUAAAUCAAGUACACCAUUAAAAAAUGUGGAAGCAUCUGCAACUGUAUCAGCAAAAGUUUUGAAAGUUCUUGGUAAAAAUGAUAAAUUAAAAAAUGCAAGUAUGUUAAGCAAGAGUUUGUGGAUCACUGGUUUGCCAAAUACAAUAAGAGCAGCUGAUAUUAAGGCACUAUUUAGUAAGCAAGGAAGAGUAGUUUCUGUAAAAAUAGUCAAAAGCACCAAGCAAACCCCUGGAAAGUGUUAUGGAUUUGUUACAAUGGCAACAAGCAAAGAUGCAACUAAAGCAAUUCAAAAUCUUCACCGCACUGAAUUGAAUGGUCGUACUAUUUCUGUUGAAAGAACACAAAGUGAGCCAAAUACUUUAAUAAAAAAGGCAGAAUCAAAAGUGGUCACAGUUAAAAAACAGACAGUAAAGAAGGAAGCUGUUGUAACAAAAUCUACUGUAGAUUCUUCAAAGUGUUCAGCAAAUCAAGAAAAGGUUACACCUAAACCAGAGGCUAAAUCUUCAGAAUCUACAAAACCUUCUGCUGAAGAAGCAAGCAAACAUAAAAAUGAGAAAAGUGAGCCUUCAGAAAAGAGUAAAUCAAAAGAAAAAGAUAAAGAUCGCAAGUCAAAAGAACAUAAAGAAAAAGAUGUGCGCAGGUCACUUAAAAGGCCUUCAGGAAUACGUGCUCGUCCUUUCAGUGAAAGAUCUCAUUAUGGCCCUUUUAGAAGAUCGUUUGGCAGAAGACCAUUUUCUAGUAGGUCAGGAUUUGGAACUUCUAGUUUUAGGUCACGAACAAGUCUAGGCAGUUUUAAGAUAAGAGAUGAGCGCCUUCAUCCACGAGAUCUCAUUAGAGAGAAAAGAGAAGCUGAACGGAGAAGAUUGGCUGAAAUUUCACGCCAUAAAUACAUUGAACGAAAACAGAGAGAAGAAGCAUACAGACUGGAACGAGAAAAAGAAAAAUUACGUUUAGAAAGGGAAAUUCUUGAACGUGAAAGAGCUGAGAUAUUGAAACUGGAACGGGAGAAACAGAGAUUGGAACGGGAACGUCUUGAACGUGAAAGGGAAGAAUUGAGGCGACAAGCGGAAAUCAGAAGAAGCAGUAAAAGAUCUUUCAGUCGUGUAGACAGAGAUCCAGAUUCAUUUUGGGAAGAAAGAAAGAAGUCUGCUUCUCGAUAUGAAGGACGUUUCCAUGCAGAAGGACCAAGUGCAUCUCGUUAUGAUUAUGCUUCAAGAGAGCGUACAAGUUUUGGUAGGCAUGAAUUUGAGAGUCGUUCUGAUCGUUAUGCCAGUCAAAAAUCAUUGGAGCCGCCAUUACAUGCUGAUUUUGGAGACAGAGAUUUGCGACGAGAAGUAACUAUACGUACCCGAGAAGAUCGUCAAGUAUUCAGUCGAAGUGAUUUUCGAGAAAGAGAUGGUAAUAGACGGAACUUCUCUUCCAGAGAGCGAGAAAGACAUUCCUCCUCUUCAAGACGGGAGCCAAGAGAUGACUGGAAACAUGACCGAAGAGUACACGAGCGUAUUGUUUCUCCCAGUAGUGCCAGUGGACAAAGAAGAAUGACUUAUUAUUAAGGAAAUAACUGAAAUAUUUUAUGUAUUGAAGCUUGUUUUAUUUUAUGGUGUACUUCUGAAAGUAAUUGAUGAUUCAUAUUUAUGAAGCGCAAGUAUUGUAUAUCUCUUCAUUGAAAUUCAGAUGUUCACUAGAUAUAUUUUAUUCUCGUCCUACCUGUAUGUAAUCUUCACAAAAAGUUAUAAAAGGUUGUCUGAAAUGGGAAAA